AGUUUAUUUUUAUUAUUAUUAUUAUUAUUAUUAUUAUUAUUUCGUCUGUUCUUGCGUGACGGAAGUGACGUCAUGGCGUCAACAUACAUGAUGGCGACGCAUCACAGGCAGAAUGCUGCGGGUCGCAGGAAAGUCCAGGUGUCGUAUGUGAUCAGAGAUGAGGUGGAGAAAUAUAACCGUAAUGGAGUCAAUGCACUACAGCUGGAUCCAGCUCUUAACCGGCUCUUCACCGCCGGACGAGACUCGAUCAUCAGGAUCUGGAGCGUUAACCAGCACAAGCAGGAUCCAUACAUUGCAUCAAUGGAACAUCACACAGACUGGGUCAAUGACAUCGUCCUCUGCUGUAAUGGAAAAACAUUGAUAUCAGCGUCAUCUGACACCACAGUGAAAGUUUGGAACGCACACAAGGGCUUCUGUAUGUCAACAUUGCGAACACACAAGGACUAUGUAAAAGCAUUAGCGUAUGCUAAAGACAAAGAGCUGGUGGCUUCAGCGGGUCUCGACAGACAGAUCUUCCUGUGGGACGUGAACACACUGACAGCGCUGACUGCCUCUAAUAACACUGUCACUACAUCUUCUCUCAGUGGGAACAAAGAUUCAAUCUACAGUUUGGCCAUGAAUCAGAUGGGGACAGUUAUAGUGUCUGGAUCCACUGAAAAGGUUCUGAGAGUGUGGGACCCACGCACCUGUGCUAAACUGAUGAAACUGAAGGGACACACAGACAACGUCAAAUCACUGCUGUUGAACAGAGAUGGUACUCAGUGUCUUUCAGGAAGUUCAGACGGCACGAUCCGGCUCUGGUCUCUGGGUCAGCAGAGGUGCAUCGCAACGUACCGCUUUCAUGAUGAGGGCGUGUGGGCACUGCAGGUGAACGAGGCCUUCACGCACGUCUACUCCGGAGGUCGUGAUCGUAAGAUAUACUGCACAGACCUGCGCAAUCCAGACUCCCGCGUGCUCAUCUGCGAGGAGAAAGCGCCCGUGUUAAAGAUGGAGCUGGACAGGUCAGCUGACCCACAUUUGGCCAUCUGGGUCUCCACCACCAAGUCCACCGUUAAUAAAUGGUCUCUGAAGGGCAUUCAUAAUUUCCGAGCAUCUGGCGAUUAUGACAACGACUGCAGCGCACCAGUGACGCCCCUAUGCACACAGCCCGAGCAGGUUAUUAAAGGUGGUGCCAGCAUAAUUCAGUGCCACAUCCUGAACGACAAGAGACACAUUCUGACCAAAGACACCAACAACAACGUGGCAUACUGGGAUGUGCUCAAGGCGUGUAAAGUUGAAGACCUAGGCAGGAUGGAGUUCGAUGAAGAGAUCAAGAAGAGGUUUAAGAUGGUUUAUGUGCCGAACUGGUUUUCAGUGGAUCUGAAGACAGGGAUGUUGACCAUCACAUUGGACGAGAGCGAUUGUUUUGCUGCCUGGGUUUCUGCUAAAGAUGCUGGAUUCACCAGUCCUGAUGGAUCAGAUCCUAAACUAAAUCUGGGUGGGCUGCUACUUCAGGCUCUGUUGGAGUUCUGGCCACGCACGCACAUAAACUCGAUGGACGAGGAGACCGAACUCAAUCAUGCCAGUGUGAACGGUGAACACGAGAGUCGGAUACAGAAAGGAAACGGUUAUUUCCAGGUGCCGCCACACACUCCAGUGAUUUUCGGUGAGGCGGGAGGAAGGACUUUAUUCAGGUUGUUGUGUCGAGACUCCGGCGGAGAGACUGAGUCCAUGUUACUCAAUGAGACCGUCCCUCAGUGGGUCAUCGACAUCACAGUCGACAAAAACAUGCCCAAAUUCAACAAAAUCCCAUUCUACCUCCAGCCCCACUCGUCCUCUGGAGCAAAGACAUUAAAGAAGGAUCGGUUGUCGGCAAGUGACAUGUUACAGGUGAGGAAGGUGAUGGAACACGUUUAUGAAAAGAUUAUCAACCUGGACAGCGAGUCGCAGACGAGCAGUUCGGCUGCAGAGAAGCCCAGCGAACAGAAAGAAGAGGAGGACAUUGCGGUACUAGCAGAGGAGAAGAUCGAACUGCUCUGUCAAGACCAGGUUCUUGAUCCCAACAUGGACCUGCGAACAGUGAAGCAUUUCAUCUGGAAGAGCGGCGGCGAUCUGACCCUUCACUACCGGCAGAAAUCCACGUGAGACCGUGGAAAUCUCUCCCGGCAGAUUCGUUCUGAACCCUUCGCAUUCAAAGCACACGCUCACCUGCACUUCCUGGUUCCGUCUGAGCUCUGGGUCAUCAUUCUCACACGGGCCGCUCGGGUCACGCAUGUUUAUCUGGGUUUAAACAGGAAGGACAAACAUUCAUGAAUGGCUAAAAGACGUGAAACGUAUAGGGCAAUUUGCAGAAAAGUCUUUUUGAAGUUUGAGUGUGUUUGUGUAUGGAACACCAGUACGUUUAUCUGUUAGAUUUUUAUUUUUAUUUCCCUUGCCGUGAAUUCUCUCUCGGUGGAUGCCAUACUGGAUGUAUCAGACAUUUGCUCUUUUGUUUACCACCCUCCUCUCCUCCUCUUCACAUUUAACAUUCCAGUGACGUGUUUGAUGCCAGUUACGUUUAAAUCCAUCUUCCAGCAUGUCAGGAAAAUAAAGUCAAGGCAGAGGAUCGCGUCUGGAACUGGUCUGAAACAGUCCAGCUGCUGUCACUAACGUCCAUUUAGAAACGUUUAAGAUGACUGAACGUCUCAUUAAACUCUUACUUCAAGAACACCGUUUCCCAUGAUGCAUUUCUCACUAACAUGCUGUGAUCAUCAGUGCAUCUGUUUUGUACAUAUAUUGUAAUUAUUUUGUAGACAAUAUGAGUUGGCGUUCGGGAGGUUUUAAUUGAUAUUUUUGUUUUUAAGAAAAUGUACGGCAUCUUUAAAAGGUGCUUUUUCAUGUCAAAUGUGACGACAAAAGUGUGGGGAGUAAAAAUAGCCAUAACGUUGAAAGUGCAAAUGGAGCGUAUUAAAGCGAUAGUUCACCCAAAAAUUACAAUUCGUCCUUAAUUUACUCAGCCUCGACACCCACAAAGCUAACGUUUGGCUUCAGAAAUCACUAUGAGCUUGUAUGGAAAAGAGCUGCAUUAAGAUUCUUCAAAAUAUCUCCUUUUGUGUUCAACGGAAGAAAGGAAGUCGUACAGGUUUGGAACGACGAACUAAAGGCAAGUAAAUGAUGACAGAAUUGUAAUUUUUGGGUGAACUAUCCAUUUAAAGUCCUUUAUUUGCUGCUGACCGUUAUCUUUCAUUCCUGUAUGAGGAAAAACACACUAAAGUAGAUUAUAAAAACUAUGAAAUAUGGAAGAGAGUCAUCACUGGGUGGCAAAACUCAUAUUUUUAAUUUAUGCAAAACAAAAACUCUGUUCUGCAAACGUCAAUCAUAAAAAGAUUUGCACAGUGUUCUAGCAAAAUGUAUUAUUGUAUAUAUUUGGUCUUAGUUGAUCAUUAUAAUGCCACAGCACUAUUAGAAACUAGAUAAUUUAAAAAAAAAACCCAUUGAACUGAGUCAGAAGAGAAAAGCUCUUGGGAAGGUUUUGAAGUGUCCAUGUCCAUGACCCCCCUGUAUUUAUGCUUCCUGUGUUGAUUGAUUGUAAUUAUAUGCAGUAUAUUUUGGGUAAAUAGCGAAAUAAAUUAACCAAUAAUAAAGCAGUUUGAAUGCAUUCUUUUUAUUUUGUUAAGAGGUGUAAUGUUUGAACAUACAGGCUAUUGAUGGCUAUAAGUUUACUAUUGAAAUCAGACAUACAGGCUGACUUUGCAUUAGAGUAUAUUUUAGAUCCUGGUUAACAUCCUAAAAGCAUUUGCUUCUUAUUACCCCUGUUAACCUUCUUUCACAUGUUGUUCAUGCCCAAGUCAUAUUUCAUACCAAAAAUCAAACAUAUUGACGCAAUAUUGAGUAUUGAC